CCUCGCGAGCCGCCGUAGCGCGCCCGCCGCGUUCCGUGAGGGGAGCCCGGGCAGGCCAGGCCGCAGCGGCGCCGCCGCCGCCGCCACGCCCGAUGUGAGCGGCCCCGGGCCGGGGGCAGCGAGCGCGGCCAUGAAGAAGGACGUGCGGAUCCUGCUGGUGGGAGAACCCAGAGUUGGGAAGACAUCACUAAUUAUGUCUCUUGUCAGUGAGGAAUUCCCAGAAGAGGUUCUUUCUUGGCGUUCCUUUCAACCCCAGGUUCCACCCCGCGCUGAAGAAAUCACCAUUCCAGCUGACGUCACUCCUGAAAGAGUGCCAACCCACAUAGUGGAUUAUUCAGAAGCAGAGCAAAGUGAUGAGCAGCUUUAUCAUGAAAUAUCACAGGCAAAUGUGAUUUGUAUAGUGUAUGCUGUUAACAACAAGAAUUCUAUUGAUAAGGUAACAAGUCGAUGGAUUCCUCUCAUCAAUGAAAGGACAGACAAAGAUAGCAGGCUGCCUCUUAUAUUAGUUGGAAACAAGUCUGAUCUAGUGGAGUACAGCAGUAUGGAAACUAUCCUUCCCAUUAUGAAUCAAUAUACAGAAAUAGAAACGUGUGUAGAGUGUUCAGCCAAAAACUUGAAGAAUAUAUCUGAGCUAUUUUAUUAUGCACAGAAAGCUGUUCUGCAUCCUACAGGUCCUCUUUAUUGUCCAGAGGAGAAAGAGAUGAAACCUGCCUGUAUUAAAGCACUGACUCGCAUUUUUAGAAUUUCUGAUCAAGAUAAUGAUGGUACUCUCAAUGAUGCAGAACUCAACUUCUUUCAGAGAAUUUGUUUUAAUACACCACUGGCGCCUCAGGCUUUGGAAGAUGUAAAGAAUGUAGUCAGGAAAAACCUAAGUGAUGGAGUUGCAGAUAAUGGAUUGACAUUAAAAGGUUUUCUUUUUCUACACACACUUUUCAUUCAGCGAGGAAGGCAUGAGACAACUUGGACAGUUUUGCGUCGCUUUGGCUACGACGAUGACUUAGAGCUCACACCAGAGUACCUGUUCCCUCCCCUAAAAAUUCCCCCUGACUGCACAACAGAACUAAAUCAUCAUGCAUACUUGUUUCUUCAAAGUAUUUUUGAUAAACAUGAUUUGGAUAGAGAUUGUGCUUUAUCUCCUGAUGAAUUGAAAGACUUGUUCAAAGUCUUCCCUUACAUGCCAUGGGGACCUGAUGUGAACAACACGGUUUGUACAAAUGAAAGAGGAUGGAUCACAUAUCAAGGGUUUCUCUCGCAGUGGACACUAACCACAUACCUGGAUGUGCAGCGUUGCCUGGAGUACCUGGGUUAUUUAGGGUACUCCAUACUUGCAGAACAAGAAUCUCAAGCAUCAGCAAUUACAGUGACAAGAGAUAAAAAGAUAGACCUCCAGAAGAAACAGACUCAGCGAAAUGUCUUCCGAUGCAAUGUUGUUGGAAUGAAAGGCUGUGGGAAAAGUGGAGUUCUUCAAGCUCUUCUUGGAAGAAAUCUAAUAAGACAGAGGCAAAUACGUGCAGAACACAAAUCUUACUAUGCCAUUAAUACAGUCUAUGUAUAUGGACAGGAAAAAUACUUGCUGCUACAUGAUGUCAGUGACUCAGACUUUUUAACUGAUGCUGAGACCAUAUGCGAUGCUGUCUGCCUGGUAUAUGAUGUCAGUAAUCCGAAAUCCUUUGAGUACUGUGCCAGGAUUUUUAAGCAGCACUUCAUGGACAGCAGAAUACCAUGUUUAGUGGUAGCUGCCAAGUCCGACUUGCAUGAAGUUAGACAGGAAUAUAGUAUUUCUCCUGCUGAAUUCUGCAAAAAACACAAAAUGCCUCCACCCCAAGCCUUUACUUGUAAUACUGCUGAUGUGCCGAGUAAGGAUAUCUUUGUAAAACUGACAACUAUGGCAAUGUAUCCCCAUGCCCGGUUACGCUGUAUGUGCGCCUGCAACAGGUGUACAUUUUGCAUCUGUCAGAACUUCCUCAACUCAGACUUGCUGCAAUCUGUAAAGAACAAACUCUUCACUGCAGUUCUUAACAGUAGUGGCAUUUUUCUGUCAACUAAGUUCAUUUCAAAACAAGAUGAUCCUAAUGCAUCAGAAUUGUGUUGUUCAUCAAGGAGACUUCUUGGAGGAUGUUUUUCUUUAAAAGUUUUCAAAACUGUGGAAUUGAAGUGAAAUUCUACUUCCAUAUGAAACCUGGUUGUUUAUUAGUAAGGUUUUGGUUUCUGUGACACCCUUCUGUGAAAUUAAAAUUAAGACAAUAAAUUAUUAUUAUGUUUUCCUGUAAUAAUGGUGAAGUUUUAAGAGUAUAACCCAGAAUUUACCUUUCACUAUGUGUAGUGUACACAGUUUUUUUUUUCAAAACUUGCAUAUUGCCUUUAAGUCUAAUUGCAGAAAUUUGUCUCUACACUUAGGUGUCCCCCAAAUAAGGACAUUACUAAAUGACAUCCCCAAAAUGACAUUAGGGCUUUAGAAAUUGCUAAUUUAUUUUCCUCCUUCUCUAAGCUGUUUGGUGCCCCAGACUGCAUAGAAAUUGGCAAAGCUGUGUCCCCUGAUUUCUUUCUAAACAGAGCGUAAUGAAUUGGCAUUCUCCAUCCAUUUUUAGGUUUUGUGGAUAAUAAGAUGCAUUUGGAACUUUUCACAUUUUAGAUGACUAAUGCAUGGGGGAAAAUUCUAACUGCUGGACUUAGUUUGCAACCUAGGAAAAUAUGUGCCUGAAGGGAAGCUGCAGCAGCUCGUGCAGGUUAUGUGAUGCUUUUGGAAUUCAGUUGCUUAUAUUCAAUGCUAAGAAUCUUUGUCAGAGCAGGCUGCUGCAUGAUCUUGCUUUGACUUCUGCUGUGAGUAGCCAUGUGAGCAGCCUGUUGGCCUCAGCACUGUGCUUUUAAAAUGCUUUGAAAGUUACAAUAGGAAUAUUUUCAAAGACCUGUAUUUAAGGAUAAACCUUCCCAGACCUGGGAAUUAUUCUGCUGCUGACCUUGGGAAAAGUAUCAGCAUCAGUGUGUAACUCAGCAGUUUUCUAUGUACCCGUGGCAUGCAUGCUCAGUUAACUUCUUAGCAAGUGCAUGUGAUAAACUUCUUGUGAGUUGUUAAAGUCUCUUGAAAAAAACCCCAUUCAGAUUUCAAAGGUCUUGGUCAACAUGUGGCAAGGUACUUGACUCCCUGUUAAGGGUAGGUUGAAUAAAAGUAUACCUUUUUCUUUCCAAAAUGUCCAUUAAAAUACGAAUUUUGUGCCAAAGGCAAAAUUUCUAGACUUUCAUAUAUUUGUGAAACUAAUUGUAUGAUUAAGUACACACAGCAGCCUGUUUGGAAAGUUUGAAACAUCAUUCUUAUUAUUAAUAAGCAAGAGUUUCAAAUGCAGCUUCAUUUAUGGAGUCCUGACUACUACUCUCUCUGUGUAUAAGUGCACAUCUGUUUAGAUGUUUUACCCUUGGAGACAAUAUUUUUUCUAAUUCAGGGUUACUGUCUUACUAACAAGGCAAUAGUAAUUUCCACCACUGGUGAAAGUUAGUUUCAUAAGCACAAGUCGACUGAAGUUAAGUUUGAAAGUUAUUAUUUGAUGAGGUAGAAUUUUUCAGUGUGCAUUGAAAAAGGGUUUUGUACAUUGUAGCCACCUUCAUGCCAAAGAACCUGCGCUGGAAAUAUUGAUCCUUUUUUAUUAUCUCAGAAUUUUUUUUGUUCCUUUAAUGGCAGCUAAACAAUAUUAGAGAUUAAAGUUGUAAAAAUGGAUUUUAUGACACCAUAAGGAACAUUGAAGAAAAAUUGGAUGUUUAUGAAGUUGUAAAGCAGUUAGACACCCAUAAUGAUCUGAAUUUCAAUAAGCAUUUUGAACUUUGGAUUUUCAGGCUGAGACAUUCAGUGUAGAUUUCCUUGAGGUUGUAAGGUUGAUUUGUUGUCUCAAAUUAGUUCCUUAUUUAAAUGAAUGAAUCUGCUAUUGUUAGGCUUAGAAAAGGGAUCAAAGCCAGUUUAGUCUCCCUUUAGACUAAACACAAGAGGAUUUUAUCAUGGCUGAGAACAUAUUAAUUGUUUUCAGAAGGAUGAAACAUGCUCAGCAAGUUUCUUGCAUACUAUUAAAUAUGGACAUGUGCAAAACAAGGCAAAUUAUAGAUAGGAAUCAGAAAAUCUAGAUGUGAGAGAUGGUGCUUUAUGAGGCAAUGCAAAAGCAUUAAUUUGCAAUUUAAACAUUGAUUUGCAUAUUUAAAUGGUGGGGGUUUUAAUUGUACAAAUAGUUGGGCAUUUGAAUUAACCAGAUUAAACUGGAGACUUGUUAGUUACACAAAUACUCAUCCAACAGUGGAGUAGGCAUUGUGUACUAUCCAACAGAGCUUGUCAUGUAAUCUAGUAAAGUCAUGUUACCUACAAGUGAUUCAUGUUACAUACACAGAUAGUUUUAUAGAUUAUAUAUCUGAAGAAAAGGAUUUCACAGCCUUUUACUAAGAAAUGACCCCAAACUAUCACUGGAGUGAUAAAAUACAGUCUUUGAGUUCUCAACAGUUGUGGGAUCUCAUCAGUUUUAUGGCUGAUGUGCAUAUGGUGCAGAGGUAUUCCAGCGUCCUGUGGGACACAUGGAAGUUGAGGCUGUGGAGAUGGAGUGGGAAGAGAAAUCCAGUUUCAUAAACAGGUUUCUUUGUCCUUAAAGCAAUGGCAUUUAGCUACAUGAAAUCAUACAUUUUACUUAGCUUAUUAAAAGCACAAACUUGAUUUGUUUCUGGUUUUCCCCCAAGACUUAAGUUUUUAACAACUGCACAAGAAUCAGGGGCUAGGUGGCUAUAAAUCAGAAUUCUCUGGGCUUUUUGAUUUGAGAGGGUUGCUGUUGUUGAGCCAUGCAAUGAACUGCACUGUGCAUGUGUGUGAAAAGGUUAAGAGCCUACCUAGCUGAGGUGGGGGCCAUGCUGGUAGCAGACGAGGAGAGCAGGAUUAUGCAGCAGGUGCACGCCGUCCACUCUGUAGAAGAUUCCAUCUUCAUGGAGUCAUCUCUUGGUCCACGUUUGCUUG